AUGGCGAUCGUAACGGAACGAACAUCUUCGCAACCGAUCGAUCCAUUAAGUCGUGUCUUAAUCAUUUUUGCGAGCUUUUUUGUGGUCGCUGCUCUGACUCUCUCCAUCGCUGGAACAGCGACACAAUUUUGGUUCUACGAUCAAAGUGCGGAUGGUAGCACGCUGCAUUACAAUUUUUUUACUCAAUGCGUUGGUAAUUUAUUGAACGGAACAUCGAAUUGUAUCGAUAUGCAACGUAGUACAGCCUUGGGUCUUGGCACACAGCAUGCCGCUGGACUUUUGAUUACUGCAUUAUGUUUACUAGGUUUAGGAAUGAUUAUUACUUUAAUCAUGAAUUUCAUUCGUUUCAGCGGUAUUAUUGGAUUCGUUGCGCCGAUACUUUUGUUUCUUGCUGCACUUUUCAUGGUUGCCGCUUUUGCUGAAGGCUCACGUGUGACAACGUAUAACGCUUACAGUGCGAAUUUGACGCAAACUGGCCACUUACUAACAAUCUUAUCUACGGGUUUGGUUGCAUUUAUUAGCGGCCGACUGCAUGUACGGUACUAUUCGGAACUGUAG